AUGGGCCAGUGCUGCUCCAAGAAGCACGUCACCGACGUUGACGACGACGUCAAGCACGUCGUGCGCUCGCCCGCGCCCGCGCUGCAGAUCUCGCCGUCCGACCCGGUCGGGUACGCCGGCCUCGCGACGACAACGGCCGAGCCCGCGGAAUCGGUCGUGCUCUCGUCGACGGCCGAGAUAGUCCACGACAACAACUCGCCGUCGGGGUCGCCCGCCAAACCCGAGAAGCAGCCGAACGACCCGACACUGGAAGAGACCCCUGACGAGCCGAAGCAGCAGCAACAGCAGCAGCAGUAUGUGCGCCCCGAGGACCGACCGAUCGAGUCGCUGUUUAUCCGCGAAGAGCGCAAGCGGCUGGCGCGCAUCCAAGAGGACCUGCGGCUCGAGCGUGAAGCUGCCAACGCCAAGUGGGUCCAAGAACUCGCCGAGAAGAAGCGGGAGUUUUAUCCGACGCCACGCCGACACCGACCCUAA